CUCUACAUCCUCAUGCAUGCUCUAUAAAUAAGCAUGCAAGCAUUAUCUUCUAACAGGAAUCCGAAUACUUCUCAAUUCUCCUUUGAUCAAACCAUUUGCUACGUACAUUUGACUAAAAUGGCUGAAGCACUUGUGGCCGCGGCUUUAAAGCAGCUAGCCGACGUAAUGGAACAACAAGUGAAGCUUGUAAUGGGUGUAGAGGAAGAAGCAGAAAAACUUGGAAGCAAUCUCCAAUCCAUCCAAGGUGUACUGGUUGAAGCAGAGAGACGACAAUUCGAAAACCACGCUAUCAGACACUGGUUAGAUAACCUGAAGGAAGUGUCCUAUAGCAUCGAUGAUGUUCUUGACUCCUGGAACAUAGAGAUUCUCAAAGAACAGAUUGAAGAAGAUCAAGAAUCUGCUUGCAGUUGGUUCAGGACACAAUUCCUUCAGCUCCCCACUCUCAAACAAGUAUGUUCAAUCUUUCCCAUCUCUUGCUUUUCUUGUUGUGAAACUGGUCAGCGAUAUAAGAUUGCUCGCGAGAUUAAGAAACUAAAUCAACGACUAGAUGACAUUGCCAAAGAAAGAAAGAGGUAUGAUUUUGAUUUAACUUACAGGGGGGAUGAGCAAAUUAAACCACUUGUAGUUAACUCUGCUAUUGAUGCAGCUGAAGUAAAGGGUAGACAGGAGGAGAAAAAUACUGUUAUAAAAAUGUUAGUGGGUAGUGAGAGUGUUAAUAAGUUAAACCUCCAGGUAGUCUCUAUAGUAGGGAUGGGAGGACUGGGAAAAACUACUUUAGCCAAGCUAGUAUAUAAUGAUAGUGAGGUAGAAAAGAACUUUGAGAGUAGAAUAUGGGUUUCUGUCUCAAAACCCUUUGAUGAGAUUAAGAUUGCGAAAGCAAUUCUUGAAAUUCUUAUUAAUGCUGCUUCAGUUCUUGUUGAAUUUGAAGCUAUAAUGCAACACAUAAGAAAAUUACUCAAGGGGAAAAGGCUUUUACUUAUCUUGGAUGAUGUGUGGGAAGAUGGUCCUAGCAAGUGGGAGCAAAUGAGAGAUUCUUUCAUGUCUGCUUCACUAGGAAGUAGUAUUUUGGUGACCACACGAGAUGAAAGUGUAGCAAUGAACAUGGGUUGCACUGGAGAUCGCCUAUUUAAACUAGGAAAUUUGUUCCUGGAGGAAUGUUGGUCAAUUUUUAGUGAAAUUGCAUUCUUUGAAAAGAACAAUGAUGAGAGAGUACAAUUAGAAGCAAUAGGUAGGGAAAUUGUAAAGAAAUGUGAUGGUUUACCUCUUGCUGCAAAAACUCUAGGAAAUCUUUUGCGUUUUAAGGAUUCACGGCAAGAGUGGCAGAGUGUAUUGAAUAGUGAGGUGUGGGAACUAGAAGGGUUAUGGGAAAAAAAUAGAGAAACUCAAAGUGGUUUUGCUUCUUUAUGGUUGAGCUAUUAUGACUUGGUUUUAGAAUUGAAACCAUGCUUCUCUUAUUGUGCUAUCUUGCCAAAGGACCAUGAGAUUAAAGGAGAUAACUUGAUUCAGCUGUGGAUGGCUCAAGGUUAUCUUAGGCAAACACAUGUAGAUGACAUGGAGAGGAUUGGUGAAAAGUACUUGCACAAUUUAGCUGGCCAUUCUUUUUUUGAAGUUGUGCACAAAAUUGAUUGUGGUCAUGUAAUGAGUUGUAAAAUGUAUAACAUAGUGCAUGAUUUUGCUCAAUAUAUUGUAAAGAAUGAAUGUUUUAGCAUUGAGGUCAAUGAUGAGGAAGAGUUGAAGAUGAUGUCUCUUCAUAAGGAAGUUCGCCAUUUAAGGGUAAUGCUUGGGAAAGAUGUUUCAUUCCCCAGCUCCAUUUACAGGCUAAAAGAUCUGCGUACUCUCUGGGUUCAAUGCAAAGGGAACUCAAAGGUCGGAGCUGCACUAUCUAAUUUAUUUGGCAGAUUGACUUGUUUGAGAUCCUUAAACCUGUCCAACUGUAACCUUGCAGAAAUUCCAUCAUCCAUAUGUAAACUCAUCCAUUUGAGACAAAUUGACUUGUCUUACAACAAGGAUUUGAAGGGGUUGCCUGAAGCAUUGUGUGAAUUAUGCAACUUGCAAACCUUGAAUAUGGAUGGCUGUUUCAGCUUAGUAAAACUGCCACGUGGCUUGGAGAAACUAAUCAACCUGAGGCAUCUGCAUAAUGGAGGUUUCGAAGGAGUUCUGCCUAAAGGAAUCAGUAAAUUAACUUGUCUAAGAUCAUUAAAUCGGUUCAGCAUUGGACAGAACAAUCAAGAAGCCUGUAAUCUUGGAGACCUGAAGAACUUAAACCACCUUCAAGGAUGCUUAUGUAUAAUGGGGUUGGAAAUUGUUGCUGAUGUGGGUGAGGCGAAACAAGCAGAACUCAGAAAAAAGACGGAAGUCACUCGUUUGGAACUGCGGUUUGGCAAGGGGGACGCAGAGUGGAGGAAACAUCAUGAUGAUGAAAUACUGCUAGCCUUAGAGCCAUCUCCAUAUGUGGAAGAGUUAGGAAUAUAUGACUACCAAGGCAGGACAGUGUUUCCUAGUUGGAUGAUUUUCUUAAGUAAUUUGAAGACAGUUAUUCUCACUAAUUGCAAAACCUGUGAGCAUUUGCCACCUCUAGGAAAGCUGCCUUUCCUUGAAAAUCUUCGAAUAUGGGGUAUGGAUGGAGUCCAAAAGGCUGGUCUUGAGUUCCUAGGAUUAGAAUCUUCCUCAUCUUCAUCGUCAGGUAUUGCAUUCCCAAAACUGAUAAAUCUACGAUUCAUGCGAAUGCGAAAUUGGGAAGUAUGGGCAGAUGAUUUUAUCAGAAUGGGAGAUGAAGAAGAUAGUACUAAAAUAACUAUAAUGCCACAACUUCGCAGUCUGUCAUUCGCGUGGUGCUCCAAGUUGAAGGCAGUGCCAGACCAGUUUUUACGGAAAGCAACACUACAGGAGUUAACAUUGACUUGCUCUCCUGAGUUGAAACGAGCUUACCAGAAGGGGAUAGGACAGGAUUGGCACAAAAUCUCUCAUAUUCCUAACAUCAAAAUCUGGAAUUUUGGAGAGAAGCGGCUGCUGACAUUGCUAGAGGAGAGAGGAUUGAUACAUCAUGGCUGACAUCAAGAAAUGGCAAACUCCUUCGUUCUGGAUGCUUCAGAAUUGGCGGAAAGUGAUUUUUGAAGGUGAUGCGAAGAAGGAUCAUUCAAUGUGCAAAGAAAGUUGUUUCGAGUCAUCUUCUUAGAUAUUUCUUCUUCCAUUUCUAGUUUUUCAGCUAUUAUUUUCUUGUAUAUUCCUAGAGUUUAAUGGUUUGCCUCAUGAAGUGGCCAAACCACGUUUCUUUCCCUCUAUGUAACUCUCUUCUAUCAUCCACUAAUGGUUGGUAAAGGAUGCGUUUGGAUAAAUAACAGUUUGCAUUAUUUUUCAA